ACAGAAUUUGGAAAGAAAAAAUGCUACUUCGUAAGGUAAAGACCUAAGACGUCGUCCAGGCACAGCAUCGUAAAGCGCGGCAAUGAACAGCGCAGUUUGAAAACUAAACGAGGGAGGUUGGUGUAAUACUUCUCGAUGGCUAUAUAUUUUUGAGUAGUUGGCUAGAACAGGAAAAACAAACGUUUAAACGUAUCUCUACCUAAUAACAAAUGCAUACUGGAACAUAGCAUCCAGUAAGAUAUACAAUUUGAUAUAGAUAGCUUAGCUAAAGUAUGAAAAUAGUUAGCUAACUAACUUAACUUGGUAAUGUAUCUAAGCUAACCCUAUCUAGGUUAGAUAACCUAUCUAGAGAGUAAAGCUUAUUUUUGUCUGUUGUCAGAUACAAUAUUAUUAAUUAACAGGCUAACGUUUUUCAGCUAAAAUUCAAAACAACUGCAUUGUUUUGUAAACUCUAGACAGCAAGCUAGCCACCUAACUACUUUAGCUAACUAGCUGUUAGGAUGUCUGUGGUAACCCUAGUCGUUUUGUCCCGUUAUGCAUGAAGUAUUGGUAGCUUUAGGUAGCUCGACAGUGUGAAUUUAAGUUCUCAUUUCCAGAAUGCAUGAAAGCUUCUCUGAAUGUUUACAGCAGACAACUAAGUUAUCUCAGUGGAUUUAGCAAUAGCUGUCUUACUGUCUUAACGUCAUAUAUAUAUUUACAUUCAGCAUUUGGUGGACGCGCUUAUCCAGAGCGACUUGGCUAACUAGGUUAACGCUAGCUAGUUAUCUAACUAGCUAAGUUCCAUAGCUAGCUAUAGUUAUCGCCAUAAUUCCUUUAUUCCUCGUAGGAGUAAGGUAACUUCAGCGGCACGAUAAACAUGUUACAAAACGACGCAUUAGAUCAUGAUCUCGAGAACACAGGGGAGAUGGUUAUCAAGCUCAUUGAGAGCAGUAAAGCCGAGGACGCGCUGAGGGCAGCAAGAAAGAAGCAGCAGGCGCUCUUUGACCACCACCUAGAGACCAAGAAAAUAGUCACCCAGCUCUUAAAUAGCCUGGUGCACUCUGAAGAAGUUGUAGGCCAGAAGCUUCUGGAUUUGGAGGGUCAGAAGACCCAAAUGACAAGGGAGCUAUACAAGGUAGAUCAGGAGGUGCAGCAGAGUCUGGCCAAGAGUCUCACUCUGGACUCAGAGAUGGAAUUCCUUCAGAAAGAGUUGGAAAAACUUAAGGAAAGUGAGAAGGAGAUUCAAAGUCUGCAGCAGGAAGUAGAUGAGGACACUACAGAAGUCAUUCCCUCAGCCAUAUAUUUAGCUCAGCUCUAUCUUAAAGUUACUGGAAUAAAGCUGGAGUUGGACACAGAACCACACAUAUUGCGGGGAGUCCACUAUGGUGCAGAUGUGGCAACCCCUAUCAACAUAGACACAUCCACUCGCUCCACCUGUGAAACGAGUGAUGAGCUCUGGAGUUUGGUCAACACAGACUGGUAGAAUUCUGUUUAGCCAUUGCCAUCCUAUUUUAAAUUUCUUUUUGUUUAUUCAUGUUAUUUUUCUGUCAUUUAUAUUUAUUAAAUAAACCCUUCAAAUUUUGGUUAUAACUACUCUGGAAGCAGUGGAGUAGAUGUUCAUCUUUUGUGCAGUCUGCCCUCUAAAUCUUUUGUUUUCCUAAUGUACAUCACCACAUUCUGGGGUGCCUUAAUGGACUGGCUUUGUACAACAACAAAUGUUUUAUGGACGUUUGUGACAUCCUUGACACUUUCCCUAAAUUGUUUUUUUUUUUUCUUCUCACCCUUUUUCUAAGUUGAACUUAAUGUGUAAAUGUUACAGCAGAAGUAAAUCAGACAGCCAUAACCUUGCUUGUGUGAUGGUCUGAUGUUUUUUCUUUCUCUGUUACUUCACAAAUGAGUCAGAAUGCAACUUUUCUCUUUCUGUGGUGAGGUGGGCAUGUACCAGGGUUUCAGGCCUUUGCACCUCAUCUAGAUGUGACCUGGCAUGAGCCAGUGACCUUGUUUUGCUGUUUCCUGUCAAGGCAGCAGUGGCACAGUUGGCACAUGUGUUGUGUAGUGAUUAAACCACACUGAAUGCAGAGUAUCUCAGUGGUAUGCCAGAGAGCAGUAGGGCAUGAAACUGUCAUGGGAAAGAUUGAUGUAAGUCAUACAGUAGUUUGAGUUUAGAAAAGAACUGUAAAAUUUUAAUCUACAUAUAGACCUACAGUUUUCAUGUGUGUGUCCAUAUAUUGGGGUUAUUCUGCCAAACUGAUUCCUGGACCAGCUUCCUAAGUUAAAACAUUGUGUUGUUUUAAAAUGAAUGUGUUUUCUUUGCAUUAGAUGAGGCCUGAAAACCAUUUGUUGUCAUUUUCUGCAAAUUAAUGCUCUAAAUGACACACAUUUUUAUUUGGAAUUUGUGAGAAAUUUCAGUAGUUUAUGGAAAAACCAAGGAAACAUCAUUUUGAAGGGCAAAUUUCACUGCAAUUUUGAAUGUCUACACUACAAUUACA